CAGAUUCACCACUUGCUUUGAAAAUAUUUCUCCUAAUGAGCCGAGCCGAGUAACAGAAUCUGUGAAUAAUUUACGUUUUCCUAAAAAACAAUUCAUCAUUUCAGAAGAUAAAUUUAUGAAAAUGAAAAACCCAUCUGGAAAUAAAAACGACGCGAAGUAGUUAUGAAACUAAUUCAUAUGCUGAAUACUUUGAGAGUUUAUUGAUGCUGAACUAAUUUUUAUCAACAUGUGCUAAAUGUUUGAACUUCACGAGAAUGGUGCUGCUAUAGAAUUAAAAUUAUGUUUUUUUUUCAAAUAAUACAUUUCAAGUAAUUUAUUUCGAUAUACCAUGUUCAUAUACAUCGUUAUACAUUUAAAGCCACCUUUAUCCCAGAAAAUGUACAUUUAUUAAUGACUCAUGAUUAUUCUUGAAAGAUUACGAACAUCACCUCAAUUCAAAUAAUUGCAUUUUACACAAUUUAAUCGAUGGUUCUUAAAAGUGCUAGUGACUUGAGCUCCAAUUCUAUAUAAACUGAACUAAUGUGUACAAAGAUGGCCUGUACUCGAUUUUUAAAGACGAAAGCGUUCGUAAAGUGAGUCUCAAAGAAAUCCGCCUCUUCCAGAAUGUGGUACGAGAAGCUCAAAAAGUGCUGUUAGAAAGAGAUGAGCACUCUGUUAAACGAUCUUGAUCGUAUCAACAGCAUUAACGGAUCUCAUUCGCAACCGGACUUUACAACCAUGCCUUCAUAUGUUCAUGUUCGAAAUCCCAUGGGACGUAUGAGAUUACCUCAUCCAAGACCUACAGUGUCUUUGGACCCCCGUCCAGUGGUCAUACCGAUUUUAUCAUCAGUGAUUGGAUUUCCAAUCGUUGUUUUUGCCCUCAUUUGUGCCCUUCGACACAGAGCUAUCAAACUCAGAAGAAGAGAUCAAUUGAAAAAACUACAAUCAGGGGUUCGAUCUGUAACACUGGAUAUUCCAGCCAGGGAGAAAAUCUCCUUUUUUUCCGGUGGCUCUUCUCCAGAAAUCUCCAUACGAGAAAUGGGAGACAAACUAGAAUCCACGCAAAUCACAUUUGCUGGCACAAACACAACAUCAUCAGCUGCAUUGGCACCAAAGUCUUCGAUUCUUCACACCAGCAAACGGCCAAACUCCACGCCAAAAAACAACAAUCACGUGAAGUUCAUUACUCCUGCCACUACACUGGACGCUUCUCAUACCAUGAAAGUGGACGUUGUCCUCCAUACGAUAGCCGCUGCUGCAGCUGAGUCUGUUGGUGCUGAUAUUAGAGAUGCCCUAUGGCGUAAUGGCGAUGAAUCACCGAGUCACAUGGACGAUGGAAUUGACACUGAUUCGCCAAGUCGAUCAAGAUAGCAUUUGGAAUUUUGUGAUUGCGAAUUUACAAAUGAAACUGAAGAAAGAUGCAAAUUACGUAUGAAUACCAUACUUUAUGUAAUUGUAACAUGGAUAAUUUUAUGAUAGCAAGAAUAUUAUCACUUCCCAGCCCAUACAGAGACCUUUAAUUCGUUAUGUAUACGACAGUUACUUAGGUAGCUGAAGGUUUUGGCAUCGGUGCCUGAAUAUUGGCGCUAAACCAUUAAAUUCGGAGGACGGAAUUUAUAGUGAUGCGCCAAAUAAGCUGAAACGUAUCUGGAAAAAUCAGGAAUUUAACCAUUUUUUAUUAAAGGAGAAUAUCCGCUUCAAAAUACGUAAAUUUAAAGAAACAUUAAUAUUUUGAAAGGAAAGAGGACAUUUUUACCUUAUUGAUUUAUUGAAACUUGUGAAAGAAGUGUCAAUUAAAUGUUCUUUUCAAUUAAUUCUCUUCUUUAAUUCAAUUCGCUCCUUAAUUGUGAAAAUUUUGAAAUACGGCAGUCUAUUUCAAUUUUUUCUUCUUUUUAGCUCACAAUUGGUGCUUAAAAAUUUCAAAGAAGUAUGAAAACAAAGUAACUCUUUGUGUUCUAAAAACACACUCGAACAACACUUCCUGAAAAACACACUCGAAACAUAUGUUUCGAGAGUUCUAAGUAAAACUUAAAGAUUGAAUUAAUUGAUAGAACAGGUAAUUUGGAGACCAGAAAUAUAUCAUUGUUUUCAAAUUGUAGAUUCGAAAUUUAAAUUUUCAAUUACAAUUAUUAAUAUAUUUUUAUAAAGCACAAAAAUAGAAAAAUUCCUUUA